UGUCUUUGCCCGAGCAGAGUAUUAAUUGUAUCAGUUAAGGAAGCUUUAUCUAUUGGAGAAAGAUAUCGGAUGAAUGAGGAAGACACUAAACAAGCUUUGAGAUAUUUCAAUGACGUCAGUCUCAUGUUAUAUUAUCCAGAUAUUACGAAUGCUGUAUUUAUCGAUUCUAAGCCAAUCCUUGAGAUUCUCUCACAAUUAUUAGCUCUCACAUACGUCACUGAUAAAAAUACCCGAGCAUUAAUAUUAAUCAACCCAGUUUCUCGAACCGUUACUAAUAAUCUCAAGGAAGGAUUUUUCAAUGAAGAUAUUUUAGAGCAUUUGAAAUCAAGGUCUGUCAUAUUUUGCUUGCCAGAGUUCCAGUUGUGUGACCUAAUCAGACUCUUCCUUCAUCUUAACAUCAUCACCAAACUAGAAGAUGAACCAAAGGGACACUACUUCAUUCCUUAUGCUCUUCCUUCAUACAAUGAACCAGUUUCAAUUAAGGAGACUAAUGCUAAGCCACUUCUUAUAGUCUGGAGGGAAGAGAAGAGUGAAGAGAUCCUGCCAUUUCCUACAGGAUUGUUCCCUUUAACCAUCGUACACCUACUCAACCAGAAAGAAUACAUUACUAAAAUCUCUCCGUUGACGCCAGAGUAUUGCAAAUUUCGUGAUGCCAUGUCUCUCAAGAUUAUGUUCAAAAGGAAGGAGGACACACUUCACCUCAUCAACCGUUACACUAAUAUUGAAGUAUACUUUACUGGUCCUACCCAGCACUUUCCAUUGGUACGUAAGCUACUCACAAAAGCUACUGAUAAUAGCAGUGAUGCCAUGCACCUCAAGAUAAUUACAUCAAUGCAUUUGCUUGCCCUGCAAAGAGGAAUAGCUGCUACUGUAUUGUUAGAUCCAGUGAAGAUGGUAAUAUUGUCAAUUGUACAGUUUGUUCUGUGUCAGCUACUAUUAUAAAUACUGUAAUAAUUUUUAU